GGGUGGGAGGAGGGCGCCGCGCCGAACUUCCCUGACUUCCUCGAGUCAGUCAGGUCCCACCCUGAAGAGAAUGGAGGUGGUCGGGGAAGCCGAGACUGAGACCCGGGCUCUGAAGCCUUGUCUGCUGCGCCGCAACCACAGCCGAGAGCAGCAUGGCGUGGCGGCCUCCUGUCUCGAGGAGCUGAGGAGCAAGGCCUGUGACAUUCUGGCCAUUGAUAAGUCCCUGGCUCCAGUCACCCUGGUUCUGGCAGAGGAUGGCACCAUCGUGGAUGAUGACGAUUACUUCCUGUGUUUACCUUCCAAUACCAAGUUUGUAGCGUUGGCCAAUAAUGAGAAGUGGGUGUACAGCAAUUCAGAUGGAGGCACAGCGUGGGUUUCCCAAGAGUCCUUUGAUGUGGAUGAAACAGACAGCGGGGCAGGGCUGAAGUGGAAGAAUGUGGCCAGGCAGCUGAAGGAGGACCUGUCCGGCAUCAUCCUCCUGUCCGAGGAAGACCUCCAGGUGCUCAUGGACGUUCCGUGUUCAGACCUGGCUCGGGAGCUCUGCCAAAGCUGCAUCACAGUGCAGGGGCUUCAGAACGCCCUCCAGCAGGUGCUUGACCAGAGGGAGGAAGCCCGUCAGUCCAAGCAGCUCUUGGAGCUCUACCUCCAGGCUUUGGAGAAGGAGGGCAGCAUCUUGUCAAAGCAGCAAGUUGGUCACCAAGGAAGACCCCAGAGCGCUUGCCGUUGCCUUGAGCUGGGACGUAAAGAAGACGGAAACAGUGCAGCAGGCCUGUCACCAGGAGCUCAGCCUGCGUCUCCAGCAGGUGCAGAGCCUGCGUUCUCUCCGGAGCAUGUCCUCGAGGAAGAGCUCGCCACCUGGAGAACCGAGGGAGCCCAAGCAAGCCAAACAAGAGCCUGCGUAGCCGCUGCUGGAGAACCUGUGACCUUGUUUUUAUUCACAAGAAAUACCUUCAACCUAAUUCCCCGAGCUGCUGCCUUACUGUUAGCCGCCCCACCCUUCCACCCCCACCUUACAGGGUGUUCUCCCGGAACAGGCCGGAGGACUGGCCUCCUUCCCUUCCAGAAGAGCCCUUCCACCUGUUCGAAUGACGAGGCUGUGUCAACAGAACCCCGCCUCUUCUGAUGACAGCUUCUUACGUUCUCUGUUUGAAAGAAACUGUCAAGGACAGUGAAAAAAAAUUUCAGAUGCACUAUCCUUGUUCUGAAGCCAGAACUGCAGAAUUCUAAGUACAAAUGAUAGUCGAGAAGGUGACAGAAUGGAGUUGAUGUACGGCCACAAACUCGCGUCUCAAGUUAAUGAGUUUUUUGGUUUGUAUAAAGACACAUAUUAAGUUUGCAGACCACAGGGACAUAUGGUGAGUGCAAUUUGCCAUUUCUAAUUGUGAAAUUAUAUCUGUUACCACUGUGAGACUGUUUCCAGUUUUCUAAUAUGUUUCAUCAGCAGGGGGGAUGAAAGGUCAUUAAAUCGAUCUCCAUGUGAUA